AGAAAAAGCAGACAAGAUGAUGCUGUUCUUGAUGAAAACAUUCCUGCUCUGGACCCUGUGUGAGGCCCGGACAAAUGACAUCUUUCAGCCGGUGUCUUUGAAGUCAGUGAAGCUCGGGGACUCAGCAACUAUUGAGUGUCACAUUAAAAGUGAAAUGCAAAGAAGAGCGUGGUACAAACUGACCACAGGAAAGAGACUCCAGUUUGUUGCAUCGUUCAAUUCGAAAUAUAAUCUGAGUACAGUAGCUGAAAAAUUUCAUCCCCGUUAUUCUGUGAAAUUCAACACGAGCAGCAGCGAUCUGAGUGUCUCUGCAGCAACGUGGGGCGACGCUGGAACAUACUUCUGUGGAGUUCAUCUUUCAAACGAUGUUCAGUUUGGAUCAGGAACCGUUUUGAUGCUGAAAGGUGCGGACAUGAUCAUUGACUCUGUCGUCCAGCAUCCUGAGUCUCUGCGGGCCGACCCAGGAGACUCGGUGACUCUCAGCUGUUCUGUCUACACGGACCUCUGUGCUGCAGAACAAAUCAUUGUCUCGUGGCUGAAAAGUUCUCCUCAUUCUGAUCCACCAAUGUUUCCCUCAUCCGGACACAAGACCCACAUCUGCAAGAGGACUGAGAGUGGAGACACUGCCUGUGUGUUCAAGCUUCUCAUGAGCAACCUCAGAUUUGAUGACGAUGGAGCUUACUACUGUGUUGUGACUGCAUGUGAACACACGUUGUUGGGGAACGGAACCAAACUGGACUUGUGGGAUGAUGUGACACAACCUGACGUACAUUAUGAGUCCAAAGCUGUUGUUUUCAGCACCAUCCCGGGUGCUUUACUGGCCUUACUCGUGUGUGCGAUUGUUGUGAGAGGCUGCUGCCAGUGUUCAGGGUUCUCAGCUUGCACCACAGCCUCCUCUGAGAGUACCCAAGCUGAAGACAACGUCCACCAUGCUGCUUCAAGAGAGAUGAAAACUGCCCGACCACACAGAAAGACUGACAACACCUGGAGUGAAUGCUUGUUCUUUAGCGUAGAGCAGUGAAGCUGAGCAUGUCUUUGUUAAUAAUAGUGUAAAGUGAGUCGGUGGUUAUGCAAAUUUGAACUCCCCAAAGGUGCUCAUCCUGUCCGGUUUCUAACUUGCAUAACCACUCACUCACUGUAUGUUUUUCAGCUUACCAAGACUUUUUUGAACCAGCUUGUAAACAUGUCAAUUGUACAGUCGGCUUUUUUUGAAUGGGUGUGUAUGUGGUUUCCUGUGCUUCUACAGCCAGUCUCUAGUGGACAAUCGAGGAACUGCAGUUUUUAACACUUCCUCGUCACUUUAUUUCUCAAGACCAGAGGUUGCCGCUUGGUUGCAACAGAGAGCUAGCAGAUUUCUAAGCUAUCAAAUGUACUUUUGUUUGUACUUGAAUGUUUUACUUGUACAUACAUCUUACUUUUGAGACCUUAAAGAAUUAGGUUCUGAAGGGGCAGAAGGGCCAGAUACAUCCUAGUCAUUUGGGUGUGUGCGUACAUACUCUAGGCAAGGGGUUCCCAAACUUUUCAGCCCACGACCCCCAAAAUAUAGGUCCCAAAGACUCGCGACCC